CACCUUCAUAGGUCUUUUGGAGAGACAGGCAAUUGUUCAUUCUUAAAUGACCUAACUAACAGGUCAAUUAAAAACAGAGAGAGAAAGAUAAGAUGACUCCCAGUUUUGUCCUUGUGCUGGUAAUUACUGGAGGGGUGAUCAGCGGGACUGGACUGCUGGCAUCUUGGGUUAUCAGGUUUGCAAAUAUCAAGUUUUUCCUAAAUUCAUCCACAGUAAUCUCAGAUGCACCGCAAACAGAGAUGAUAAUAUUAGCAGGUACACUGACCGUGGCUGAAGGUUUAACAAAGGUACAAACAAACACAAACCUUCCUGAAACUGCAUCAGUGAAAACUAUGUCAAGAGUGACGUCUGGAUCAUCUGUGUUACCGAAAGCAUCAUCUGCUGUCGCUAUUGUUGACCUCUCUUGGAAAACAACAGCUGAGGCAGCAACAGUGAUUGCAGCUGGGUCACAAGAAACUACCACUGAAGGACGUGUCACCUCAUCUGAAACCUUAGAGAAGGUGAGAACAGCAACAAAUACAGCUCAAACAAUGCCAAUCAAACCUGAAAGAAGUCUUACUAAAAUUUCACCAACCCGCAAAAGUGAAGUAGACACAAUAAGAUUUAUAAAGACAACAGAAGUCAGCAGCACAAUAGCAAAAAAAGACUCACAGACAAGAAAGGCUGAAACUAUAGUGACAUGUUUCACUCAAACUGAAACUGAAAUUACAGCUGAUAUCAGCAGUGCAUCUCUGAUACCAGAACCAAUUACAGAUGAGACAAAGUCAGUUACUAAUAUAAUCACAAGUGAAAGCAAAGAAACAACCAAAGCUGGAACAGAGGAUACAUUCAGGAUGUUAAUAACUACAACGGGAACAAACACAGAACCAGCAGAUUUGCCAGAUAUAACCACUGGAAAAAUGGUACCAGGCACAGUGGAAAAACCAAGAGAGCCAACCAAUGUUGAAACAAGUAAAACAACAACAGUUAGACCAAAACGAUCUUCUCAAGCUACAAAAACCUCAUCAACAAUGAGAAGGACAACCAGUGUAAAAUAUACAACUACAAUCGCAACUACUACUGGAACAACAGAAAAAACAGAUAAAAAACAAUUUACUGCUGCAGAUACAUCAUUAACAAAAACAAACAUAUUAAUAACUGCAAUAAAAUCAAGAUUUACAUCUCGAAGCUUUCCACAUAUUUCAACUGCUGGUUUAAACACAAUUUCUCCAGUGAGACCAUCUGUUAACGUGUUUAACAAGUUGACAACUCAGUCAUACAAGCCUUUAUCACCAUGUAAAGGCAAAUGUAAAACCACAUCUACAGCAAAGAACCCUGCAGGCAGACGUGACGAUGGAAAGGUUCCCUUGACCUAUGAUAAGACUUUAUAUUCUGCCAUCACUAUGGGCUGCAUCCUAGUUUUAUGUACCAUCUUAGCUUUUAUUGUGUUUAUAAAAGAUUUUGUUUGGUAAGAUGACAUUUGUGUAUUUUCUUAAGAAUGUUAACGCUUUGGUAAUUUAUUAAGAGUAUGGCA